GUUGUCGCCUCUCAGUUAUCUUGACCGACAGUUUGAUGCUGUGUCGUGAUUGGUCAGUGUGGCUGUUUAUCCCUCAGGGUAAAGAGCUUUAACGUGUUGAGAUUUAAUUUAACUCACUCGUUUUCAUUUGCCAGAACCACUACAAGAGGUGGCGCCAGAAACCGUCAAAACUGGAUCAGGGAGCCUGAAGUGAACUCAGCUGAUGAGCAAGAACAGGAGUCUGAUCCAGGUAAGGAGGCGGAGGCUCUGAGAAGGAUGCUGAGGGCUCGUCGCUCUCUCAGCCCCGUCAAAGGGGCAUCUACCCAUCGCAGUCCCACCAGACACUCACCUGUUAAAGGUGGCACAUAUGAUUCAGAGCUCAUGAGGGUGUUACGGGAAAGAGAUGAACUGCAAAACAUGUUGGAGAAACACGAGCGUCAUCUCUCAGAGAUCCAGGCCAAUGUUAAAGUGCUCACAGCUGAACGGGACAAGACCAGAAUGCACUACCAGCAGGCUCAAGAGGAGAUAGCAGCUCUACGGCGGGAGGUGAUAAGGUCAAAGGCAGCGCGAGGGCCCAAGAGCAGUGUGACCGCUCAGAGCAUCCUGAAGAGAGUGGAGGCCGAACGGGACGAGGCCACAGCAGACCUCAACCGCAUGACCACAGAGAGAGACAGCCUGAGAGAGAGACUCAAGAUCUCUCAGGAGACAGCCAUCAGCGAGAGAGCUCACCUGGAGCAGAGGGUGGAGGACCUGCAGGCUGCUGUACUCACAAUGGAGCAGGAGCGAGGGGAACAGAGAAGCAGGCAGGCUCAGAUGAGGGAGACCAUGAUGGGUCUGGAGGGGGAAGUUCACACACUUGGGCGAAAACUCAGUGCCAGUGAGGAAGAACUCAGCCGCCUCAGAAAUGAGUGCAGCAGCCUCAGACUGGAAAAUACUCAGAUGGAAAGCUCUCUGAGUGAGAAUCAGCGGAGACUGACCAACAAGAUUGGAGAUCUACAAAACACUCAGGAGAGAAAUAAAAUGCUUGAUGAGAAGAGCAACUCUCUGCUGAGGCAGGUGACCGCUCUGCGAGAGGAGGUGAGCACACUGAGAGGCACAAUCUCAGAGCUGGACCAGCACAGAGACACGCUGCAGGAACAUCUGGAGAAUAAGCAACAUCUGCUCAGCACAACACAUGACCAGCUAGAUGAGAAGGAGAAAACCAUUAGGAGUUUGAAACAAAGAACCGAGGAUCUCGAGACAACUCUAAUAGCUCUGAAGGAGACCGUAGCUGGCAGAGAAAGAGAGCUGGAUGUUCUGAGAUGGAAGUUGUCAGACUCUGAAAAAGAAAUGGGUGCAGUGAUGAAAGUCAAAGAUGCCACGUUGCAAGAGAACUGUCAGCUGAAGGACGAUCUUGACAAAACACGUCUGGAAAAUCAGACUCUACAGCUCAAGCUGGAUGAAGCUAAUGAGGAAUUAGAAGACUUGCAGAGAAAAGUGCAAGGUCACAUUUCUGACAUCUCGCGCACUGAAGAUCUUUUGUCUGCUAAGGAGCGCGAGUGCAGGGAGCUUCAAGAGUCUCGAAGAAAAGCAUCUCUUCAGCUGGAAAGCUGGGAGGAACAGGCCAAGCAUGCUGAAACCACUGUCAUUGAACUCCGUCUUGAGAUCCUUCGACUCAAAGAAAGAGCCGAUAGCCUGGAGAGCAGCCUUCAACAGGCACUGAGUGCAGAGCGAAGCUGUAAUAGUCAGCUGUCUCAGCUGAACCGAAAGAUGAUUCACAUGGAGGAGGAUCUGCGUCAGGCCCAGACUGAGCGCACACAGUUGCAGACUGACCUGGAAAAAACACGAGAGCUCUGCGUCAAACUGGAUGCAGGCAAAGAGGCUGUGCAGCGUGAGCUGGAAUCAUGCCGCUCUGAGGUGGAGCUGUUACAGAAGCAGCUGACCAGUGAACGUCUGUCUGUUCAGACUUUGGAGAGCCUGCUGGUGUCCUCACGAGAAAAGGAGCUACAGAGGCAGCUCACCUCUCAGGAAAGACAGACAGAAAUACAAUUUCUCAAGGACAAACUCAGCAUGGCUGACAGCAAAGUGAGUUCUCAGAGUAGGGAAAUGGCUCAGCUGAGGACACGAUCAACCCAGCUGGAGGCAGAUCUUGAGAUGACUAAGAGACACCUGUCUACUGAGCGCUUUGAAAGGGAGCGGGCAGUACAGGAGCUGCGCAGGCAGGGUCUCUCAGCGGUUUCUCCCGUCCUCUCCUCCACUAUGCGCUCCUCAUCCCCUUCCCGCCAUCGCUCUCUGAGUCCUCACAGAUCAUGGUCUCCGGAACGCUCUCAUUACAGCACACCUGACCCACUGCUUGCGUCCCACUACCCUGACAGGAGUCUGACUUUCAGGGACCUUUAUGACUGAGAAGAUCUGAAUACUCCAAUCAUCCAUAUUUUGCCUGGCAUGAUUACUUAAUUUCUUCCGCUUAUGUCUUGGAUUCUCUCUGAAGACAAUCAAUAGAUUCUGAUCUUAUAAGAUUUACUGUGACGUCAUGUUUUUAAUAAAUCAGACUUUUCUUACUAUGA